AUGACUCAGCCAUCCAUUACUCCACCAUGCCUCAGCUAUCCACAUAACCCACCAUGCCCCUCAGCCAUCCAUUACUCCACCAUGCCUCAGCUAUCCAUUACUCCACCAUGCCUCAGCUAUCCAUUACUCCACCAUGACUCAGCUAUCCAUUACUCCACCAUGCCUCAGCCAUCCAUUACCCACCAUGCCCUCAGCCAUCCAUUACUCCACCAUGACCAGUCAGCCAUUAUCCACCACUCCACCAUGACCACCAUGGCAUCCAUUACUCCACCAUGCCGCAGCUAUCCAUUACUCCACCAUGACUCAGCUAUCCAUUACUCCACCAUGCCUCAGCUAUCCAUUACUCCACCAUGCCCUCAGCUAUCCAUUACUCCACCAUGCCUCAGCUAUCCAUUACCCACCAUGACCCAGCCAUCCAUGGCCAUCAGCUAUCCAUUACCCACCAUGCCCCAGCCAUCCAUUACUCCACCACAUGACAUCAGCUAUCCAUUACUCCACCAUGCCUCCUAUCCAUUACUCCACCAUCCUCACCUAUCCAUUACCCCACCAUGCCCCAGCCAUCCAUUACUCCACCAUGACUCAGCAGCCAUCCAUUACUCCACCAUGCCUCAGCCCAUUACUCCACCAUGA